AUGAGAAUAACGAAAUCUGAGCAUUCCCCGGCAGUCGUAUCAGCCACGUCGCCCGACAUUUACAGCCCCGAGAGCACCGUCCCCGUCGAAGGCCCAGCCGGAACAGUCUUUAUCUCGGACGGUAGGCUGUGGCACGCUACGGGACCUUACUCAGACCUUGCGAGCGAGAAUCCUGUCAUCAUAUUCUUCCUCAUACGUAGUUUUGUUAGACAGGAAGAUAAUAUCUUCUUACAGCCGCGGUCUGAGAUUAAAGCUAAAAUGUCGGACCGAGUGAAGAGGAUGCUGGGGUUUUGCGCAAACGGUUUAUUGGGCGGUGUUGGGGGAAUAAUUGCGGAUGGGACCUACGUUAAGAGAGUUGAGAACCCCGUCGGAUCUAUCCGAAAAUCCGCUGUCGUGUAA